GGGCUCUAGCAGUAGGUUGCGUUGAAAGAGAAACAGGGACGCAAAGAUUUAAAGGAGAAGACGGAGAAGGGCUGAAUUUUUUCUUUUAUGUUAGUUGGCUCCUCAGUUUUUAAACUUGGACUUUUUAUAUUCGUAUUGGCCUAGGGGAAAACUGCGAAGGAAGGCAGGCGGGGGGUACGGGAAAGCGGGAUCUGAGAGUGAAAAAUGUCGAUUCAGUUCGAGGAGCCGCUGGCGGGGAGCUACGGGGUAGUGGACUCUUUCCCGAAAGAUUUUGGGUAUGGAGUGGAAGAGGCCGACAUGGAAGAGAGCUCGGCUCCCUCCGACAGCAAACCUCGCAUCUUGCUCAUGGGGCUUCGCCGUAGUGGCAAGUCGUCGAUCCAGAAGGUGGUGUUCCAUAAGAUGUCCCCAAACGAGACCCUCUUUUUGGAGAGCACAAACAAGAUCUACAAAGACGACAUAUCCAACAGCUCCUUUGUCAAUUUCCAGAUCUGGGAUUUUCCCGGCCAGGUGGACUUCUUUGAUCCCACCUUUGAUUACGAGAUGAUCUUCAGAGGAACGGGAGCAUUAAUAUUUGUCAUUGAUGCACAGGAUGAUUAUGUGGAGGCACUGGGGAGAUUGCACCUCACCGUUUCCCGGGCAUACAGGGUGAAUCCAGAGAUCAAUUUUGAAGUGUUCAUUCACAAGGUGGAUGGUUUGUCUGAUGACCACAAAAUUGAAACCCAAAGAGACAUCCAUCAGAGAGCUAAUGAUGACCUGGCUGACGCUGGUCUAGAAAAGCUUCACCUCAGCUUUUACUUGACGAGUAUCUACGACCAUUCAAUAUUUGAAGCUUUCAGUAAAGUUGUUCAGAAGCUCAUCCCUCAGCUUCCAACAUUGGAAAACCUAUUAAACAUCUUUAUAUCGAAUUCAGGAAUUGAAAAGGCCUUUUUGUUUGACGUUGUGAGUAAAAUCUACAUUGCAACAGACAGUUCUCCUGUAGACAUGCAGUCUUAUGAACUGUGCUGUGACAUGAUAGAUGUGGUCAUAGAUGUGUCUUGUAUUUAUGGUCUAAAAGAAGAUGGUAGUGGAAGUGCCUAUGACAAGGAGUCCAUGGCCAUCAUUAAACUCAACAACACAACUGUCCUCUACCUGAAGGAGGUGACAAAGUUUCUUGCACUCGUCUGCAUUCUAAGGGAAGAAAGCUUUGAACGCAAAGGUUUAAUAGACUACAAUUUCCACUGUUUUCGCAAAGCCAUCCACGAAGUGUUUGAAGUGGGGGUCUCCACCCAAAGAAUAGGCAGCCUCCAAGCCAACUCCCCCGCCCUGAAGGCAGUGGCCCACAACGGGACACCUCGGAAUGCCCUUUAGAGAGAGACGGGCGAACAGGACUCGCUGGUGCGAACCACACCCCCCCAGUUCGAAGCCUUGCGCACAGCCCUCCCCACAAAGACACGGGCGACAUUGUGAAUGGACGUGGCUAUUCAGACAAUUCCCGCUUAUUCGGCGAGACCAUGAGCAAUGUGACCGCUGCGGACGGCGACUGUGCAAGGCACUGUGCGCUGGUCGACAAAGGAAGAUUGAAACAAACAAACAAAAAGAAACUAACUCGUCAAACAGAACUUUGAAAGGCCUAACUACUGUAAAACGCGCUUUCUAAGGUGUAACAUUAGCAGGUCAGUCACCGGUCCUUUUUGGCAGAAAGGAAUUUGACCUAUUUUGUUGGUUUGCUAAAUUAAAUAUGAAAUAAUAAUAUAACUGGGAUAAGUAUGAAGUGUAACCCUUUGCAAACUACAUUUUAAGCAGUGUAAGAUGACGUUGCCUUUCCAAAGGUAACCUCGCAGACCACGUUUAGGCAGUGUUGUCAAAGUAUGCGUUGUCUCCCCAGCUCUCUGGUAUUUGGGUUCCUAUUUUUUUAAAUGUUUUCUAAAGAAUGUACCAAGGGAAUAGUUUCCUUUUUCUCGUGUAAAGCCAGGAUCGUGGAAACAAUAGUUUAGAGUGACAGCCGUGCAAUAUCUUAUUCGCGGUUUCCUGACAGCUUCCCCUCAAUGUGCCGUAAUGUGAAUUGGCUUUGAAUGGACAGCUUCACAAAAAGGAUUUUCUGGGUGUUACUUUCAUUCUGCCAGGAGCUGUGUACUGUAUGUUUAAGGUUCAGGAGUGGUUUGGUGAGAAAAAACAACAACAUGUUGAAUCCCAUUCCAGAGUAUGUGCAAAAUGUUUCUCUUGUUUUCUAUUGAUAUAACAUUUACAUCGUAUUUUUACUGAAAAAUUCUAACCCUUAACGAUCAUGAAUCUCGUGUUCAGUCUUGCCUUGACCACAAGAAAUUUUCCUCCCCAAACACCUGCAUCAUAAAGGACUCUGUAAGUGGUAAGUUGUUACCUGUAUCUUAGCCAAAAAAAAAGUCUUUUUGUGUUGAUUUAUUUAAGUUCAGCCAAAGGUUUUACCUUGCACAAAAACAAUAAACACUUGCACAUCUAAAUCUAGGCUUGUGAGUCUUGUCUGGCGUUGUAUGCAAGAUCUCUGCUUACAGAAGGUGGUGCUAUUUUACCAUUUGGGUUGAACUGCAAAGUGAGAACCUGCAGAGUUUCAUUGUUAACUGGGUCCAACAACUAUAUUACUAUUUUGUUUCUUUUUGCUAAUAUAAUUUACAUAUGUUUGUGUUGUGUAUUGAAUGCAUUAAAUGCUACAAUGUAUGUUAAGAGCAUCAAUAAUUUGCUCAAGGCCUUUAUAACAGCUUAGCCUGUUAAUAAUACAGCUUUAGUUGAGGUGGGAAAAUAAACUGAGCUUUUCAUUUACCUUGA